AUGGCAACCGAACGGGGCGGCGAGGUAAACAGAAGGCGGCAAGCCCCGCCCCCGAACGGCCAAGCUCCGCCCGGCCAACUGGCAGCGCGAGGCGGCGGCUCCUCCGUCUGGUCCCGCGCACGCAGGCGCGGGGGCGCGCGAGCUCCGCUUUGGACGGGUCGGGAGAGGAGGAGCUGGCUUGGCUGGUGAGUCCGCGCGGGACGCGUGUAGCCCGGGCGGCACGUGGGAACGCGGACUCGCGUGUUAAGGAGCAGGACGCGUGUCGGCUAGGGAAAUGCGUUGCCUGUUAGUGAAGGAAGCGGGGGGGAGUAGGGGGCGAAGAGAAGUGCCCCAACCUUUUAACAGCAGCUGGAGUUAUAUACCUGCCCUAUACCCAGAGAGGGUGCUAUUAAGAUAUUGAACAAAGGGAAACUGGUCAGUAAGGAAAUUAUCCUUUUCUGACUUUCCUUGAGCCUCAUUUUUCAGAAAAUGAAACUUUCCAUACUCUGUUCAGUGAAAUACUUCCUGCUUGCUCCAUCUAUCAGCUUCUCCUCAAUGGAUUUGUCUAAUCUCCUUUAAAAGCCACCCAAUUGGUAAAUUAUGGAAUGAAAUUAAAAGAGAUUUGGAGAUAUGGUCAAACCUAAAACUGUCAUUAAUGGGCCGGAUUUCUGUGAUUAAGAUGAAUGUGCUGCCAAAGAUGCUUUUUUUGUUUCAAGCCCUCCCAAUUAUAGAUCAUGUGAAAUGUUUUAAAGAAUGGCAGAAAGCACUAUCCAGAUUUAUCUGGCAGGGGAAGAAACCCAGAAUUAAAUAUAAAUUACUGACGGAUUCUAAAAAAGAGGGGGAUUUUCCCUGCCAGAUUUAAAAAUUUAUUUUGAAGCUGCUGCACUUUGCUGGAUUAAAGAAUGGAUGCAAUUAGAAGACACAGAUCUAUUAGAUUUGGAGGGAUUCGACAAUGUGUUUGAUUGGCAUGCAUAUUUAUGGUAUGACAAGGUAAAGGCCCAUAAUGCAGGUAAUCAGGCCUUUCUUUAUAGAAUAUGCCCUGAUUCCCAUCCUCAAAAAUGUUCAGUAAAGCCAGAUAUUGUGUCAUCACAACAGUGUUAUCUUAUAACAACUUAUAGCAUUACUUUACUGUACUUUCUUUUUACAUUGUAGGCAUUGCCUUUGGAAGUAUUAA